AUGACGAUUCGAAUUCCCCCUUUAUUAACAAGACCCGUUCACAUACUCACGCAUGAUACCACUCUCUUGGUACAACGAAUGGGUGGAAUUCUCCCGAAGCAAGGGACUGAAGAGUCGGCGGGGUUUGAUCUUUACUCAGCUGAAAGCGUUCAGAUACCGGCACGGGAUCGCAAGAUUGUCGGCACCGGCAUAGCAAUACGUGCCCCUCACGGAACCUACGCACAAAUUGCGCCACGAAGUGGAUUAGCGGUCAAAGGGAUAGACGUCGGUGCUGGAGUCGUAGACCAAGAUUACACCGGAGAAGUGCGCAUAGUGUUGAUCAACUCCACCAGUCAAUCCUUUCAGGUACGCGCCGGCAAUCGAAUCGCACAAGUCAUUUUGGAACGCAUUGCGUCAUGUAAUAUCGAGGAGGUGUCAAGUUUAUCAAGUUUAAUGGAAACUCAACGAGGAUCAGGAGGCUUUGGAUCGACUGGUAAAUAA